AUGACGUUGGGUCCUCAGCUGCUUCAUGCUGCGUUCUAUGGUCGCAUCGACGACGUCCAGCACCUGCUCAAGGAAGGCGCUGACGUCCACUGGACCAACGAGAAUGGAGUGACGCCGAUCUACGCUGCUGCAGAGAGAGGACACGACAUCGUCGUCAAGACGCUCCUCGGCGCCAACGCAGCUGUGGAUCGAGCUAAAAUCGAUGGAGCGACGCCGCUGUUUGUUGCUGCACAAAACGGACAUGACAUCGUCGUCAAGACGCUUCUCGGCGCCAACGCAGCUGUGGAUCAAGCGAUGAACGAUGGAGUGACGCCACUGUAUAUUGCUGCAUUCAACGGACACGGCAUCGUUGUCAAGACGCUUCUCGACGCCAACGCAGCUGUGGAUCAAGCUAGAAACGAUGGAGCGACGCCGCUGUAUAUUGCUGCAGAGAAAGAACAUGAAGUCGUCGUCAAGACGCUCCUCGGCGCCAACGCAGCUGUGGAUCAAGCUAAAAACGAUGGAGCGACGCCGCUCUUUAUUGCUGCACAGAACGGACACGACAUCGUCGUCAAGACGCUUCUCGGCGCCAACGCAUCUGUGGAUCAAGCGAUGAACACUGGAGUGACGCCGCUAUACAUUGCUGCAUUCAACGGACACGACAUCGUUGUCAAGACGCUCGUCGGCGCCAGCGCAGCUGUGGAUCAAGCUUGGAACGAUGGGAGAACGCCGCUGACGAUUGCGUGUGAGUAUGGUCAUAAAUCAGUUGUGAAAGUCCUACUCAAGGCGAAGGCGCGUGUAAACCAAGCUAUGAACGAUGGUGACACCCCACUAAUGAUGGCGACGCUACCCGGUCAUCUCGAUAUUGUGCAACGUCUUCUCGACGCUGGCGCAAACGUGAACCAGAGUCUCCAAGCGGGUGCAACGCCGCUUCUACUGGCCGCUCAGUUUGGCCACGACGAUGCGACUCGCGCCUUGCUGCGUCACCACCCCAACCUCCAAGCCACCGAUGCCGACGGCAACACGGCGCUCUCGAUGGCCACGCAGCGUGGGCACGCGACUAUUGUCCGUCUUCUGGAAGAGUAUAUCAGCACCAACCCGGGUCCUCAACCAACGCCACCAGCUCAAGGAUCUGUCAAUGAGAAGAAGAAGAUGGAGCUUGUGCAAGCAGUGGUCGCGGGCCAUGUUGCUGCCACCAAAGCACUUUUGGAUCAAGGCGUUGAUGCGCGCGUCACGAACGAGUUUGGCGACGGUCUUCUGCACCUUGCGGUGCGCCAUGGCCACACGCAGCUGCUUCAGAUGCUCUUGGGCUGCUCCGACGCGUCAUUGGUCGCCUGCAACAAGGAUGGCGAGACGCCUCUGGUGCUCGCGAUCAAGCUGCGUCAUCGCCGGUUCCCGCACCAAAUUUACAGCAGCUCUCAUCAAAUCGCCGACGAUGUGCCAGCGACAGCGAUCUACAUUGAUGCCAACAGCCUCCUUGGCGACGGCGCCAAAAUCAACGUCAUGCAAACGUACGAUGCUUCUUCAUCCCUCAAAGCGGUCUCGGGGCAGUACAGUGACAACCCCAAGCUCGUGCUCGAGUACAUAGACGGCGGCAACCUCCGCCAAUACCUCGACAAGAAGCGCAAGGGCGAAGCGACAGAGGUCGAGUACUCGACGCUCGAUAUUGCGUGGGUCAUUGCCAACGCUUUGGCCGACCUCCACCGGAAUGGCUUUAUGCACCGCGACCUCAAGAGCCGCAACGUGCUUCUCUCGUCCACAAACUACAUCAAGGUGGCCGACUUUGGCCUCACGAGGGAAAUUGACCCCAACAUGACGGUUGGGGCUGGUACGUGUGCGUGGACCGCGCCCGAGGUGUUUGGGGAGAGCGGCUCGUACAACUAUGCGGCCGACAUUUACUCGUUUGGCGUCAUUUUGACCGAGCUCGAGACGCUCCAGGUGCCGUAUGCAGGCAUGACCCGCAACGACAUUACCGCCGGCGUUUGCAGCGGCCGGUUGCGUCCGUCGGUGAGCUCCAACUGCGCGCCGUGGUUCAAGGCGCUCGUUGACGACUGCUUGUCGUUCGACCCGACGAAGCGCCCGACCGCCAUUGCGAUCAUCGACCGUUUGUUGCUGCAGGAAAAGGCUCUUGUUGGUCGAGAGCCGGUCGCCGAGCCCGAGUGGUACGAACGAUCCAGUGGUUCUCACCAUCUCAUGGUGGUCCAUUAG